AUGAAGAUUACAACUCUCUUUUUGGCUGUCCUUACUGGGGGGGUUGCGCGCAUAGUCAAUGACCGAACGGGUCCUGGGCCGGAGAAUACACUGGAUUCGGGUUCAGUUACAGAACCAAGCGGACAUUCGAUUACGAACGACUCUGGCAAUAGUGAAGAGAUAUAUAUCGUGGCUAUGCAAGACGGCUUAAAAGAUAAGGAUCUUGAAUCUCACCUUCAAUUGGUAGAUUCCAAGCACCGGGCCAGUCUUAAUAGUAGCGAUCGUCAGUUCAAGGGUCGUCAGGACACCUUUUUCGGGGAGAAAUACGGGUUUCAUGGUUAUACAGGUAGCUUCGCAUCACAAGUCAUUGAUUAUAUCCGUAAACAGCCCCAAGUCAAAUCCGUGGAAAAGGAUCAGAUCAUACAUGCCAACCUAACCCUCCGCGAACUGGAGACAGAUUCAGAGGUGGAAAACGAGUCAUUAAAGCCGCCAACACGUGUACAAAGGAGAGCAGGGACGUUAGUUACCCAGCGCUGGGCGCCUCACAACCUUCGGGAUAUCUCUCACAGAUUUGCCACAAAAAAAUGGCGGCCUUCAGCUUUAUACAAGUACUAUUACGAUUCUGAUGCCGGGAGCAACACCUACGCCUAUGUCGUCGAUUCGGGUGUUCGAAUUACACAUAAAGAAUUUGAGGGCCGAGCUGAAAAUGGCUGGACUCGAUAUAAGGACGACUACGAAGACAAAAAAGGACACGGUACCCACGUCGCUGGAAUCAUUGCCUCUAAGACCUACGGUGUGGUCAAGAAUGCUCACAUCAUAUCUGUGAAGGUGACGCAAGACGGAGCAAUUGCCGCUACUACAAUGAUAAACGCCGUCCAUUGGAUCAUGGAGGAUAUUGAAAAAAAAAAUCGCCUUGGCAGGGCCGUGAUUAACAUGUCUCUCAAUAUCGGCAUUUCGGAAGCUUUAGACAAUCUUAUCGACAAGGUUUUCAAGAAGGGCGUGUUGACUGUCGCUGCCUCAGGUAACGAGGGCAAAUGUGCCUGGGGGUCGCCUGCUCGCUCACCGAAUGCCAUAACUGUUGGAAGUAUUAACACAGACUGGAGCGUUGCGUCUUACUGUAACUUGGGGCCUGUGGUCGAUAUUUUCGCCCCAGGAGCGCAGAUCCCGUCGGUUACAUAUAAGAAGGAUACCGGCAAUGCGAAAAAGACUGGCACCUCAAUGGCUGCGCCCCAUGUUGCCGGCCUCGUCUUGAAUGCUAUGUCAGUUUACGGCAUAACUGAUGCUCAGAAGAUUACAGACUUCCUCUUCCAAACUUCUACAAAGGAUCAAGUAAAGGGUGAACUUGGUGGCGUGCCAAAUCGGGUUGCUAAUAACAAUAAUGGCAAGCAGCGGAAGCCGUGUGAAGCUGUGUAA